UUUCCGGAAGUCAGCGUACUAUCUACACCGCUAUUAUCACUCGAGAAAAGUGGAAAUUAUCAUCAAGUGCUGUAUUACAACAUGGAAUUCAUAAUGUCAAAUAUCAAACGGAUGAGAGGAAUCUAAUGGAAUUGCACGGACGUUAAAUUUUAUCCUGACUUAAAUAUCUAAUCUAAAAACAAUGUCGAACACUUUGAUGCUACAAUUUGUUCAGCGACUCAAGUCGAGAAAUGAGGAGGCGCGCAGUAAAGCGGCACGUGAUCUGUGCCUGUAUGUCAAGAGAGAGCUACGGGAAGCGUCGCAGGAGGAGAUUACAGCCUUCAUGGACGAAUUUAAUCAUCACAUAUUUGAAAUGGUGUCCGCCUCUGACAUAAAUGAGAAGAAGGGUGGUAUAUUGGCCAUAGUUUGCCUUAUAGGAGCUGACGUGGGUAAUUUCAAUACACGAACGGUACGGUUCGCCAAUUACCUCAGAAACUUGAUACCCUCUAACGACGUGGGUGUUAUGCAAUUAGCUGCAAAGACUGUUGGAAAGUUAGCACUAGUUUCAGGCACCUAUACAGCCGAAUAUGUGGAGUUUGAGGUGAAACGUGCCUUUGAGUGGCUCGGCGCAGAUAGACACGAGGGCAGGAAACACGCCGCCGUCCUUGUGCUGAGGGAGCUCGCCGUCUCUGUGCCAACGUACUUCUUUCAACAGGUUACACCGUUUUUCGAGCUGAUAUUUAACGCCAUACACGAUCCCAAGCCUGCUAUACGAGAGGGUGCUGUGGAAGCUUUGAGAGCAGCGCUGGUAGUCACCGCGCAGAGAGAAACCACGAAGCAAAUGCACAAGUCCCAAUGGUACAAGCAAUGUUACGACGAAGUAAUCGAUGGAUUCGAGGAGGUUCAUACGAAAGAAAGAGGCAUCAACAGAGACGACAGAAUACACGGUUCUCUACUGGUAUUAAACGAGUUGCUGAGAUGUAGCAACGUUCAGUGGGAAAGAAAUUACGAAGCUCUGAUGGAGAGAUUGAACGGCUCUACGCAGAACGAGAACGAUAUACUUUCGUUAAUGCCGCGCCUGAAGACGACGAUAGUGUCGAAGUGGGCGGGAUCGACGCAGAACACGUCUGCGUCCCAACACACGUUAUAUCCAGCGCACGAGUCGGCCGUUUGCAGAUGCUUGAUGCAAGAAAGAUUGGACGAUAUCUACAACGACGUUAUGAAUCAGAAAAUAUCGAGAAACCCGCACAUUCAGCAUGCUCUUAUGAUGUUAUUGCCAAGACUCGCUGCGUUCAAUAAAGAGAAAUUUAUAAAGGAUCACCUGACGGAGUCUUUGGCAUAUCUCCUGUCGAUCUUGCGAAGCCGCGAGAAGGAUCGUUAUGCCGCGUUCACGUCGAUCGGUUUUAUAGCUGUGGCGGUAGAAGACGCGAUAAACCCCUAUCUUCCAAAAAUCAUGGAAGUAAUCAAGAGCUUGUUACCAUCCAAGGAAACACCAAGCAAGAAACGCACUUCCUUGGAGCCCGCUGUAUUCGUGUGCAUCACUUUACUCGGCCACGCGGUUAAGCAGGUCAUAGCAUUCGACGUUAAAGAGCUGUUAGAACCGAUGUUUCAAACUGGACUGAGCCCGAUCCUCACCACGGCGCUCAGGGAACUAGCGCAUAGUAUACCCUCUUUGCAACUAAACAUAUCUCAAGGCCUCUUGCGAAUGUUGUCUCAGGUAUUAAUGCAAAAACCGUUGAGACAUCCUGGUGCUCCAUGGACGGCGACUAGCCCAAAUUCAACUUCGGAUGAUGUCUCAUCCACGGUGCUUGCAUUGAAGACUCUGGGCACUUUUAAUUUUGAUAAUAAUCCAUUGUUGCAGUUUGUGAAGAGAUGCGCGGAUCAUUUUUUGACGUCGGAACAGGCGGAGGUUCGAUUGGAGACUGUGAAGACGUGUUCAAGGCUAUUAAGGCUAACGCUGAAUCAGACCGGACCUACAGUAACUACCACCGUUUCGACUGUUCUUGGCAAACUGCUGGUAGUGGGCAUUACCGAUACGGAUCCCGAUGUUCGCCUGUGGGUGCUAGCUUCUUUGGAUGAUUCCUUUGACGUACAAUUGGCACAAGCAGAGAACCUGUCGGCGUUGUUCAUCGCGAUGAACGACGAAAUGUUUGAAAUAAGAGAGCUGGCGGUUCGUACUGUGGGUCGACUCAGUACGCUGAAUCCCGCCUACGUGAUGCCAUCGUUGAGAAAGACUCUGGUGCAAUUUCUCACGGAAUUGGAGCACUCAGGAAUGGGCCGUAACAAGGAGCAGGCCGCACGAAUGUUGGAUCACCUAGUCGUCACUGCGCCAAGGCUCGUUCGACCAUAUAUGGAACCAAUUCUAAAAGUGCUCGUUCCAAAGUUGAAAGAGUCCGAUCCGAAUCCUGGAGUGAUUUUGGCCGUCCUGCGCGCUAUCGGCGACUUGGCAGAGGUCAACGGCGCCGAGAUGCAACAAUGGAUGCCCGAACUCUCAUCGAUCUUACUGGAGAUGUUGGUGGAUGCCAGUUCGCCCGAGAAACGAGGAGUAGCGUUAUGGGUGUUCGGUCAAUUGGUCGGCAGCACGGGUCAUGUGGUAAAACCGUACAUGCAAUACCCGUCCUUGCUAGAUGUCCUUAUCAAUUUCUUGAAAACUGAACAGCAGCCUAUUAUCAGGAGAGAAACUAUUAGGGUGCUCGGGUUGCUAGGCGCAUUGGAUCCCUACAAACACAAGAUGAAUCUUGGACAAAUCGAUUGUCAGCUGGACACGCUUACUUCAAUGGCGGAUACUAAAAGCGACAUAGAAAGUACACAAGAUUUGACCACUAGUGAGAUGCUGGUAAAUAUGUCGCCGUCUACAUUGGAGGAGUUUUACCCGGCGAUCGCCAUCACGACGCUUAUGCGAAUUAUCCGUGAGCCGACUUUAUCGCAGCAUCACACUAUGGUGGUGCAAGCGGUAACCUUCAUAUUCAAGAGCCUCGGGAUAAAAUGCGUGCCAUACAUUUCUCAAGUUAUGCCGAGUUUCUUGAAUGUCGUGCAUAUGGCCGAUAUGAAUUUCCGAGAGUUCCUGUUCCAGCAGCUAGCUGUUCUAAUAGCGAUCGUGAAGCAACACAUACGGAAUUACUUGGACGAUAUAUUCAACCUUAUUAAGGAAUUCUGGACUGUGAAUAGCCCGCUGCAGAGCACGUUGAUUCUCCUGGUUGAGCAAAUUGCAGUAGCCUUGGGCGCAGAAUUCAAGAUCUACUUGCCGCAGCUGAUGCCGCCAAUACUCAGAGUACUAACACACGAUAGCAGUAAGGAUCGCGGAGUGACAGUCAAGUUGCUUCUAGCACUACAGACGUUUGGCAACAAUUUGGAUAAUUAUUUGCAUCUCGUUCUACCACCAAUCGUAAAGUUGUUCUACGCGAACGACUGUCCAAUUGCCGUGAACAAGGUCGCUCUCGAAACGGUCGAUCUCUUGGCGGAUACGUUAGAUUUCACGGAUUUCGCAUCACGAAUUGUUCAUACGUUGGUACGGACGUUGGAUCAAUGUCCGGAACUAAGAGCCACCGCAAUGGAUACACUCUGCGCCGUCGUGAUGCAACUAGGCAAGAAGUAUCAGAUCUUCAUCGUGUUGGUUCAAAAAGUCAUGAUAAAGCACAAGAUAGUUAAUUCCCGCUACGACGUUCUGGUGGACAAGAUCCUUACUGACACUACUGUGGCUGAUGGCGAAGAUUUCCUGCUGAUGCGUUUGCGACACUCGCGCAACAAGAAUCGCGAACUGUCCCUGACACCGUCAGAGACGACCACAAUCAAGAGGCUGCACGUAUCCGCUUCGAAUUUGCAAAAAGCGUGGACGGCAAUGCGAAGGGUGUCCAAGGACGAUUGGCUGGAAUGGUUGCGGUGUUUCUCCAUCGGCUUGCUCAAGGAGUCCCCGUCACCAGCUUUGAGAUCUUGCUGGGCGCUGGCACAAACAUACGCCGUGUUACCGCGUGAUUUAUUCAACGCGGCCUUUGUAUCGUGCUGGACCGAGUUGAACGACAAUUAUCGGACAGAACUGAUACAGACCUUGCAUCAAGCGCUAAUGGCACCCGACCUGCCCACCGAGGUUACGCAGACUAUCUUGAACUUGGCCGAGUUUAUGGAGCACUGCGACAAAGGUCCAUUGCCGUUGGACAACAAAAUUCUGGGAGACACGGCUAUGCAUUGUCGCGCGUAUGCCAAGGCAUUGCAUUAUAAGGAAGAUGAAUUUCAUAAAAACAGGAGCAGCAGUGUGUUCGAAUCUCUAAUUUCCAUUAAUAACAAGCUUCAGCAAAAGGAGGCAGCUGAGGGCUUGCUGGAGUACGUAAUGAAUCAGCAUAAUCAACAGGAUCUUAAGGUGCAGGUACGUUGGUACGAGAAGCUUCACAACUGGGACAAGGCAUUGCAGUUGUAUCAAGAGCGUCUAGAGGGCGAUUCCAUGGACGUAGAAUCCAUCUUGGGCGAGAUGCGCUGUCUGGAAGCCCUCGGCGAGUGGGGUCAACUACACGAAAUCGCUACGAAACAAUGGUCAAAUCAAAUGGAUGAAAUCAAACAGAGAAUGGCAAGGAUGGCAGCAGCCGCAGCUUGGGGCCUAAGCCAGUGGGAAAGUAUGCAGCAGUAUGUCUCGCUGAUACCAAAAGAUACACAAGAUGGAGCAUUUUAUAGGGCGGUAUUGGCGAUUCACGAUGAAGAGUACAACGUCGCGCAUCAGCUUAUCGACAGCGCCAGGGACUUGUUGGACACCGAGUUGACCGCCAUGGCUGGUGAGAGCUAUCAGCGAGCGUACAAUGCCAUGGUAGAAGUGCAGAAGCUGGCGGAACUGGAAGAAGUGAUACAAUUCAAGCUUGUGCCUGAACGUAGAGCAGCCAUCAAAACUAUGUGGUGGGAGAGGCUUCAGGGUGGACAGAGAAUAGUGGAGGAUUGGCAAAAGAUCAUACAGGUGCACACGUUAGUGGUCUCACCACAGGAUGACAUGUAUACGUGGCUGAAAUACGCCAGUUUAUGCCGGAAAAGCGGCAGCUUAAUGCUAUGCCACAAAACAUUGGUGAUGCUAAUGGGUACGGAUCCCUCCUUAGAUUCAGAUCAACCGCUACCGACGACUCAUCCUCAGGUGACCUUUGCUUACUGCAAGCACCUGUGGGUCGCGAACAAACGCGAAGAGGCUUACAGUCAGUUGCAGCGAUUCGUGCAAACUUAUUUACAGCCAGCGAUGGCAGCGAUAGUGAAUCCUGAGGACGAGAAACAGCACGAGAGUAAGAAGAGACUGCUAGCCAGGUGUUACCUGAAACUUGGUGAGUGGCUGGAGGCUUUGCAGGGCAUAAACGAGCACUCCAUCCGCGCGGUACUAUCUUAUUAUACCGCGGCAACGGAACACGAUCCCACCUGGUACAAAGCGUGGCACGCCUUCGCCUAUACCAACUAUGAAACUGUUCUGUUCUACAAGCAUCAGCAAAGCAACGAGUCCACACUUGCAGAAGCUACGCCCGGCAAUGGAGCGCGCAAUAAUCUGUCCAGCUUGCAAUAUAUAUCACAAUUCACUGUCCCAGCUGUGGAAGGAUUUUUCAAAUCCAUUAAUUUGUCGGAUGGCAAUUCUUUGCAGGACACUCUUCGUCUAUUGACGCUUUGGUUCGAUUACGGCCAGUGGCCAGAGGUGUACGACGCUGUUGUCGAGGGCAUCAGAUUAAUAGAGAUAAAUACCUGGUUGCAAGUAAUUCCACAGCUUAUAGCGAGAAUUGACACGACCAGAGGGCUGGUCGGCCGUUGCAUACAUCAUCUUCUUAUAGAUAUAGGGAAAACACAUCCGCAAGCGUUGGUUUAUCCGUUGACAGUAGCUUCGAAGAGCGCUAGUCACGCACGAAAGGCCGCAGCCAAUAAGAUCUUGAAGAGUAUGUGCGAGCACAGUCCAACGUUGGUUCAACAGGCUGUGAUGGCGAGCGACGAGCUCAUCAGGGUUGCAAUCUUGUGGCAUGAAUUGUGGCACGAAGGCUUGGAGGAAGCUAGUAGAUUAUACUUCGGAGAAAGAAACGUUCGGGGCAUGUUCGACACAUUGGAGCCCUUACACGCUAUGCUCGAGAGGGGACCACAAACUCUAAAGGAGACUUCCUUCAAUCAAGCUUACGGCAGGGAUUUAAUGGAGGCGCAGGAAUGGUGUCACAGAUACAAAGCGUCUCGCAAUGUUAGAGACUUGAAUCAAGCUUGGGAUUUAUAUUACCACGUGUUCCGGAGGAUAUCCCGACAACUGCCGCAAUUGACCAGUCUAGAAUUGCAAUACGUUAGCCCAAAAUUGCUGCUUUGUCGUGAUUUGGAGCUGGCUGUGCCAGGAAGCUACAGUCCUGGUCAACCCAUAGUGAGAAUAGCGAAUAUUCAUAGCUCUAUGCAAGUAAUAACGAGUAAACAGAGACCGAGGAAACUGUGUAUUAAAGGUAGCAACGGUAAGGAUUACAUGUUCCUAUUGAAAGGUCACGAGGAUCUGAGACAGGAUGAGAGAGUAAUGCAAUUAUUCGGUCUAGUGAACACCCUUUUAUUGCACGAUCCAGACACCUUUCGAAGGAAUCUUACCAUACAGAGAUACGCCGUGAUACCGUUGUCUACAAACAGCGGCCUCAUCGGUUGGGUACCGCAUUGUGAUACGCUUCAUACUCUUAUCAGGGACUACAGGGAGAAGAAGAAAAUACUAUUAAACAUCGAGCACAGGAUAAUGUUACGAAUGGCACCUGACUACGAUCAUCUGAUGUUGAUGCAAAAAGUCGAAGUCUUCGAGCACGCACUUGAACAUACACACGGCGACGACUUAGCGCGACUUUUAUGGCUAAAAUCACCGUCGAGCGAGGUGUGGUUCGAUCGCAGAACGAAUUAUACGCGCUCUCUCGCUGUGAUGUCUAUGGUGGGAUACAUACUCGGCCUCGGUGAUCGUCAUCCAUCCAACUUGAUGCUGGACCGUCUCAGCGGCAAAAUACUGCACAUCGAUUUUGGUGAUUGCUUUGAGGUGGCGAUGACGCGUGAGAAGUUCCCAGAGAAAAUACCGUUCCGUUUGACGCGGAUGUUGAUCAAUGCGAUGGAAGUGACUGGUAUCGAGGGAACGUACAGAAGAACCUGCGAAUCCGUCAUGUCUGUGCUGCAUCGAAAUAAGGACAGUCUGAUGGCAGUUCUCGAAGCAUUCGUUUAUGAUCCUCUUCUCAAUUGGAGAUUGAUGGACAAUACAGUGCCCAAGGGCAAACGAUCAGAUGCUCAGAGUAUGAGCGUUAGCAGUAGCCAGGAGCAUGGCGACAUACUUGAUUCUCUUACCGCUACAUUACCGAAGAAGGGUGUACCGUGCAGCAUUGAAAAUGGAGCCGAUAACAAUCAACCCGGAGAAGCGCUAAACAAGAAAGCUUUGGCAAUUAUAACAAGAGUCCGAGAUAAAUUAACGGGACGCGAUUUUUCACACGAGGAAACUCUCAGUGUGCGGCGACAAGUUGACCUACUGAUUCAGCAAGCUACGAAUAACGAAAAUCUGUGUCAAUGUUACAUCGGAUGGUGUCCAUUUUGGUAGAAGCUAAAGUCCGUCAUCAAGAUACAAUCACAUAUACAUGUGCAAUCAUUCGUUUUUGCAUUUAUAACUUUGCCAGGUUAUUAUUUAAGUUGAACUUUAUGAUAAUCGUAUGUACAUACCUUUUAUUGUAUGAUUUAUAUGUGAUACAGUAACGCUCGAUUAUAGCGUGCAGAAUGUAUACUAUUAGCACAUUGUGUACAUUACAAAUGUUUAGUUGACAGUUAA